GCAUCAUCAUCAACAACGCUGGCAUUCCAAUAUUCAAGCUCUAGGAACGCGGGGUAAAUUGCCUGCGUCGAGCUUUUCCUUCUCCAAUGCUCAAUUAUUAUCUUCCAUUCUAAUUCUUAUUACUUUCUAUUAGUAGCCUCAGGACUGUAAAGUAUUAUUCUCUACUUCUAGCAUCAUCAAAAAAUGGCUGCCCAAGGCUAUGUCCAGACCUCCCUUAUCUGGGUAACUUACGCUGUUGCAAUUGUAUUGGCCUUAGUUGCUUCUAGCAUCACCACUUUUAUAUGGCAGACCCCACGCGACCGAUCUGCGAUCGUUACUAUUGUCGCCAUUGUCAGUUUAACUUCUCUCUUCGCGACUCUCUUCCUCCUCCCUGUCGACAUCGCUCUCGUCUCCUCGACUACAUCCACGGCCCUCGGCGCUAAGAAGGAUUGGGCUACUCCCGAACGCGUCAACAACAUCCUCCUUACGCUCAAGAUCGUUUACUAUUCCCUCUACAGCUUCGAUGCGCUGCUCUGCCUGCUUAUCAUCCCUUUCUCUUACUUCUGGUAUGAGGAAUACGAUGAAGUCGAGGAGCAGGAGGGAAACCAGACAUUCGGCUCGCGCCUCUGGGGAGCUUUCAAAUAUACCAUCGCUUUUAUACUCUUGAUCGUCAUCAUAUUCCUCAUCGGUUUCUUCGUUCCUGCUGCCGGUGCCAGCGGCGAUGGCAAACAUCUUGAUCUCGACUUCUUCAAGAAGCUCCUCGACGAGAAUCACGGAGAGAAAGCGCUGACGUUCGGUGUUGGUCUACUAAUCACGCUGGGAACCCUACUCUAUGUCAUCUACACCGGUGCUGGUCUCGCCCUUUUCCCCGUCUCCUUCAUCAAGUCCGCCCCCUCCGUGUCCGCGCCGCAGCUCUCCGAAAACACCGCGUCCCAGCUGGAGCAGAAUAGGGAGCGACAGAGACAGUUGGAAUUGCGCAGUGCUGGUCGAUCAGAUGGAAUGCCAGCCAAGGAUAGGCGCGAACUAGAGGCCCUCGUUCGUGAAGAACGGACAUUGGUGCGUCGCGAAAGGCUUGCUGCCGAGGCGCAGGGCGAAGGCAAGGGUUUCAUUGUCAGGGCGUGGUCAAAGAUCUGCGCAGUCUUCAGACCGCUGAAGCUCGUCGGAGGCAUUCUACUUGUCGUGAUCACACUACUUAUCUGGGUCUCUAUGUUGAUCACAGGUAUCGACAAGGCCGCCAACUCAGUCUGCAAGGAACACUGCGGAUACAUCCUGGCGCAUAUCAACGUAUUCCAGCCCGUCAACUGGUUCUUCGUACAGACCGCCCGCGCAUUCCCUGUGGACUACAUACUCAUGGUACUUCUAAUCCUACUAUUCUUCGGUAGUUCCGUGUCGGGCUUGGCCGCUAUCGGUAUCCGGUUCUUAUGGAUACGCAUCUUUCGAAUCAGCAAGGGUCGCACGGCUCCGCAGGCUCUACUCAUCGCGACAGUCAUGUUGGCACUUAUCAUGCUAGGUAUCAACUACGCCAUAGCUAUGAUGGUAGCGCCACAAUACGCAACCUACGGCACUCAGACGUUCUGUGAUCUGCCGCCGAAACACCCGUCCGGACGGCCCGACUGCUCCGAUGCUCCCGAAGCCGUCAAGCCGUGCUCGGAAUGGGCGGGUAGCGAGUCGCGCGGGCGAUGGUCGACAAAACCACAAUCCGUAUGUACGCCGACUGUCAUGUCAACGUUCCUUAACCGCAUCGCGCUUAACUGGCCCGUGUUCGGCGCCAUCGACUUCUGGGCGCAAUUCGCCUUCCUUGGCGUUUUCCUGCUCGUGUUCCUGACAAGCCUAUUCCGCGCCCCAAGGCUCAACCUCAGCGAGAUCGACGAGGAAGCCGAGGCGGACGAGGAAGAAGGUCUGCUGGCGAGUACCGGGCGCCGAUUUGGUGCUACCUGGCAAGAUAUCACGGGCCGGCCGAAGCGCGGGAACGGAGCAGGUGGGAAUGGUUCUGGGCACGACUCCGGAGCAUAGCUUACUCUAGGUGAGUAGUCACUACGAAGUCGCUUUUACUAUGGGUGGCUUAUGGUACGAUAUUCGCUGUCUAUCUACGUCGCUCCGAGUGGGAAGACAUGUUUAAACAGUUUGAUUUUAAAAUGGUAGCUGGUCUUCCCUUCACUGUGUUCUAGGUAUACAAUGGAAUGAAUGGGUUCAUACUUGAAGGGCAUUACAUCUAUCUAGCUUUAUUGUGAGGUUGUCAAAAUACAAGGGAUACAUGCGUACGGAGUACGGCUAUGAGUUUGCGGGCAGACGAGCAAUGUGGAUCAGACUGGACUGGACGGCGUCGUAAUACUGAGAUUAUGCUACUACUACUACUACUACAAAUUGGGCAUGGUACGGCUAGGUUAGGUAUGGAAUGUUAAAAUAGGGGAUAAGAUAUUUCUUCCUGCUGGUA